CGACACCCACCUUCAUGCACUGCACGCUUAGCUGGUUUCAACGGAACAACUAGCGCUUUGCAAAGUAACCGACGAAGGAAACCGGGGUGUUUAGUAGCGCUCCUCUCUAGCAGCCCAUAUAAUGCUAUAGGUGAAGUAGUGCUACCUUUCAGUAGUUCUACAAAUUACUAAUCGGAUGGGUACCCGGCAACAGUCGCGCGCAGAUGGCCAGCAAGCCGCAUCCAACGCGGCGCAGCGGCCCAGGCGCUCGGCUCAGCCCAAAAACAAGUACGCCCCUCAAGUUAGUGAUUCAGACAUUGCAAGUAGUAGCAGUGAAAGCGAGGCUGAGGAGCAACAGCAGCGACCCCAGCGUGGUGGCCGAGCAGCCCAAAACCAGGCUGCAGCCAAGACCGCUUCCGCAGCGCCCAGCACCAGGCGCACCAGUCAGCGAGCAGCAGCUGCUGGCGCGGCUCCAGGCCGGUCGUCCCAAGCCAAGACAGGGACGAAAACCGCAGCCGCAUCCAGUGCAGCUGCUAAGAAGGCUGGGAAGGCAGCUGCCGCUGCAACUGACAGCAAGGAAGAUGAGGAGGACACGGACAAGGAUGUCAUAGUCAUCGACCAGGAGGAUGACGACGAGGAGCAGGAGGUAGAAGCCAAGCGGCCAAGCCGCGCUUGCGCAACCAAACAGGCGCCAGCACCAGCCCGGGGAGGUCGCAGCCGCACCACCACCUCCACCAGAGCUGCUGCUGCAGCUGCUGCCACCACCUCUGCAGCACUCCAGCCCGAGGGUGCAAGCCGGCGUCGGGGUGCUGCAGCCUCCGCUGCAAAAGCCGGUGAAGAUGGCGACAACGACGAUGAUGACCCCGAGCAAGACGAGGAGGACGUGGAGGAGGACGAUGUCGACGAUGACACCGCCGAGCCCGCUGCUGGACGAGGCGGCGCUUCUGCUUCAGGAGGAGCUCGUAGAGGACGUGGUCGAGGUGCGCAACCGCAGGUAGUGUCGACCGCUGUGGAAAGUCGCAAGCGGCUUUUCGAACUUCUGGAGCGGCGCAUUGGUGCGACGACUGGAGGCAACGGUGAUGAGGCGCGGGUGCAGUACGGCGACCUGCCGCCCAAGAACCCCACCAAGAAGGCCAAGCUGCUGACGGACCUCAGGUCCCAGUUCGACGACUGGCACAGCCGACUUCGGUCGAACUUCUCCGUCCUUCUGUACGGCUUUGGAUCCAAGCGGGGCCUGCUGGAGGAGUUUGCUCGGUUCCUGGCCGGACCCCGAAACAGGGGCGACUCUGCGGUCCUGGUCUUCCACGGUUACAAGCCUCGCUGCACCGCCCGCGACAUCGUCACCUCGGUCGCCACCGCCCUCACGCAGCGCUCCUUCAAGCACCUGGAGCGAGGAGGCGCAGCAGCAGCAGCC